AGAAACACUUUUUCAAUUUCAAUACAUACGCCUCAACGAAUAGACAAAUUUUGCAUAAUUUUUUCCAAUAUAUUUUCAAAUAAUAUAAUUAUUUAUAAUAAAUAAAAUCGAUUAAAGUAUUAGAUUAAACACAAGAGAACUGAAAGCCACAAAAUGAUUACCGAAAAGGAUUUAAGAAUUUUUAUCUUUGUACAGGGCACCGAUCGCAAAAGUCUGUAUACGCAGAUUAAGGAGCUGGUGAAGACCGCGCAGGAAAUGGCCGAAAGGGAAUUGAACCAACGCCGUGAGCGGUUGCGCGUUAUGCUCGAGCACGAGGAUAAAAUCUACGAAGAGGAAUUCGCUAACAAGGUCAAGUCGCGCAUUGACGAGGACAUACAGCAUCGCAAAGACGCUCUGUUCAAUAUAAAGGAGGAACGCAAGCGCGUGGAGAAAGAGUCACUGGAGCGCAAGACGAUACAGCAACAGUUUGAGUGUUGCUAUGAAAUACGCGAAGCAUUGCGUCGCAAAGAAACCUUGCAAACGAAAGAGGUGCAAUUGGAGCAGAUAGUGGAGAAAGAACGCGCACAACGGCGCGAGCGACAAAUGGAUGAGUAUUGGUGUAAGGUACGCGAUGCAGGUGCGCAGCGCUAUGAUCAGCGGCAAGCAGACGAAUUGAAGAAAAAGUGUGACUUGAAGCGCCUUAUGCGUUGCACGUUGGAGCAACAAAUGGAGAUGCAUAAGCAGGAGGAGGAGCAUCAACGUGAACUGAAGCGCGUGGAGGCAAUCGAGCUCAAUAAAGUGUUGGAAGAAAUACGUUUGGAAGAUUUCGAUCGCAAGCGUUUGGGUAUGCCGCAGAAAACGCUCGAUUAUCGCGAAGAGCUGCUCAACAUGAUUGCGGAAAAUAAGGCGAAACGUGAUGCGGAGGAGUGUGAGCGCAUGGAAGAGCAUCGUCAGUUGAUGCGCGAUGUGGCGCGCGAGGAGCAGGAGUACAGCGCCGCUAUGAUGCAGCGCAAGCGCGCAGUAUACAAUGCCACUAUGGAGUAUUUAGAUUACGCGCGUCGCAUGCGCAAGUUGGAGGAGGAUGCGCAGAAUAUGCGUGAUGCGCGCAUUGACGAUUUGUGUCAUGUCGAUAUCUGCACCAAGAGCAAUAUACAAAGAGAGUUACAGCGCAAAGCGGAGAUUGCAGCACUCUGUUAUGCUGAGUUGCGUCGCCAAAUAUGCGAAGAAUAUGAACGACGCCUGCGCGAUAUACAAGAACAGCGCGAACCAAAAAUCAUCGAAAAUCGCUUUGUGCAUCCGGAGAAAACGCGCGCCGAUAUUAUGGCUGAGCGGCGUAAAAUGCGCGAAGGUUUGGAUGAACAGUUGAUUGAAAAUGCGCGCGUACACGCUGAGGAGGAGGCCAAGUACAAUGCGGAUUUGAAAUUAGCUAUUGAUGAUCCGGCGUUCUGUACCGAAUUGGCGCAGAAAUAUUUGAGCGCCGGCAUCGACUAUUUGCCACCGCAUGCCAAUUGGUUGAUUUACGCUUGUACACCGAAGCAAUACGUCGGCAAGCAGUCGGCGGUAGCUGCUGCUGGCGGUGAGCGCAAAGAGGACUCUCCAGACACUUGCAUAAAGCCAUGCGGUUGCAAAGCGCGCACGGACUUGGAGUGCACACAUUACGGUUGGUCGGCGUAUAAGCGUGGCGCAAACGCUGCCGGUAAGCGGCGUCUGGAACUCGAGUCCUGUUGAGCGCAGUUUUUUUUUAAUGUUUUUUAGAAAAUUAUGAAAAACUAAAAAAAUAUGCCUUCAAUUGCAUAAAUAUAUUUUGUAAUUUUAU